AGAGAAUGUUGGUCGGGCCACACAUUGCCUCUAUAAACCACAAGCUCCACAUUCCCGGCAAGAGCGUGAAAGGGACGGCGCCGGCUGGGCCCGGAUUAAGCGGCAAGGCCCGGGGAGCGCAGCCCCAGAGAGUGGAAGAAGAGGAGGAGGAGGAAGAUAUUGGAGGAAAGGAGAAAAGGUAGUUGAGGGAAAGGAGAGAAGGAGGCAGAGAGGAAAGGGAAGAAAAGAGAGAAGAGGAAAAAAGUAUAAAAGAGAGUGGGAGAGAAGCAGGGGAGCGCAGCGCGCCCCAGCUUCCCGCCCUAGAACCCUGGGAAUCCGAGCGGGAGCGGGAGCCGGAGCGCAGGGAGCAGUGGAAGCAUAGACUGUGGCAGCGGCGGCCGCGUGGAGAGCGCACGGCGAGAAACAUGGAGUCCGGCGGAAAGCAAAUUACGGCCUCCCUCAUGCUGGCUGUGGGUGGUGCAGUCCUGGGUUCUCUGCAAUUCGGCUACAACACAGGAGUCAUCAAUGCCCCACAGAAGGUGAUAGAGGAAUUUUACAAUAAUACCUGGAUGAAUCGAUAUAAUGAACCCAUAUCAUCCACCACCCUGACCACUUUGUGGUCCCUCUCUGUGGCCAUCUUCUCCGUUGGCGGUAUGAUCGGCUCCUUCUCCGUGGGUCUGUUUGUCAAUCGUUUUGGCAGGCGGAACUCCAUGCUAAUGAUGAACAGUCUGGCCUUUCUUGCUGCUGUGCUCAUGGGCUUCUCCAAAAUGGCCAUGUCCUUUGAGAUGCUGAUCUUGGGGCGCUUUAUCAUUGGCUUGUACUGCGGUCUCACCACUGGCUUUGUGCCUAUGUAUGUGGGGGAGGUGUCACCCACAGCCCUGCGUGGCGCCUUGGGCACCCUUCACCAACUAGGCAUUGUCAUUGGCAUCCUCAUCGCCCAGAUAUUUGGCCUGGACUCCAUCAUGGGAAAUGAAGAACUGUGGCCCCUUCUCUUGGGUUUCAUCUUCAUCCCAUCCGUGAUCCAGUGUGCCCUGCUGCCCUUCUGUCCUGAGAGCCCUCGCUUCCUGCUCAUCAACCGCAAUGAAGAAAAUAAAGCCAAAAGCGUCCUAAAGAAACUUCGGGGAACCACCGAUGUGAGUAGCGACCUUCAGGAGAUGAAGGAGGAAAGCCGGCAGAUGAUGCGUGAGAAGAAGGUGACCAUCCUGGAGCUGUUCCGCUCACCCAUGUACCGGCAGCCGGUCCUCAUCGCCGUGGUGCUCCAACUGUCCCAGCAGCUGUCGGGGAUCAAUGCUGUCUUCUAUUACUCUACCAGCAUCUUUGAGAAGUCUGGAGUGCAACAGCCAGUCUACGCAACCAUUGGUUCCGGGGUGGUCAAUACUGCAUUCACUGUUGUGUCGCUGUUUGUAGUGGAACGGGCUGGACGUCGGACUUUGCACCUCAUUGGCCUAGGGGGCAUGGCAGGCUGUGCUGUGCUCAUGACAAUCGCCCUGGCCCUGCUGGACCAGCUUGCCUGGAUGUCCUACAUAAGCAUCGUGGCUAUCUUUGGCUUUGUGGCUUUCUUUGAGAUCGGCCCUGGCCCCAUCCCAUGGUUCAUUGUCGCUGAGCUCUUCAGCCAGGGCCCUCGCCCAGCUGCCUUUGCCGUGGCUGGUCUGUCUAAUUGGUCCUCCAACUUUAUUGUGGGAAUGUGCUUCCAGUAUGUAGAGCAACUGUGCGGCCCUUACGUCUUCAUCAUCUUCACUGUGCUCCUCGUCCUCUUCUUCAUCUUCACCUACUUCAAAGUCCCUGAGACAAGGGGCCGGACCUUUGAUGAAAUUGCCUCUGGCUUCCGACAAGGAGGAGCUAGUCAGAGUGACAAGACACCGGAUGAGUUCCACAGCCUGGGCGCUGAUUCCCAAGUGUGAGGAGAGGAGGGCGGCUGCUCUCUUGGUCACAGACGUGCCUGCUGGACCUCCUGAGCCCCAGGGCUCUUCUCACUCCUCCCCAUCCCUCUCUGGCCCUCCCCAGCCUUGACAUCCUGGACAAGAACAGAUUACUGGGGCUUCUCUUCCUCUGCCCCCCCUUUCCUGGAUCUCCAAGCAGAAAGAUCCAGAGAGGCACUGGCCAAGGACAAGCUGGGGCUCUCUCCUUCAGAUUGUACACAGGAAGAAAAGUCAGAGCUGAAUCUUUAGCAAACUUUUUUUUAAAAACUUUUUUUAAUUUUUUAAAAUAUUAAAUAGCCCAAAUUCCCCAUCCCACCUGAGCCACUAUGGAACAUGAGAAACAGUUAUCUGUGGCAAAGGGGUAGAAGAGACAUUCCCAGAUCUAUUCCUUUUUUAUCCACUACACUAAUCUCUAGGGCUGGAUCUACAACCAAGGACAGACACACUAACCCAGCAUGAAUUCCCCACUUCCUGCUGCAGCCUUCCCACCAGGCCCUCUUUUCCCCUGGCUGGGCCAUAUUACCUUCUCCUUACUCCCUACCUCCACCCCAGAAGAAUCUCUGUCCAGGAAGUGGCUGGACACUCUGGGGAGCAGGGAAGGGUUGGGAGGAGGGCCACAGGUUCUGAGGCCACAAUCUCACUACCAGCAGUCCCAAGCCCAGGAGCUGGUUGCCAAACAGGACCUUGGAGGGAGCGGUGACAGACAGAACUAGCUGCCUGAGGGUGCUGACAAUUCCCAACACGGAUGUGUCUGGCCCUCUGUGUAUAGAUCAGAAGAUAUUUAUAUAUAUUAUAUAUAUAUAUAUUUUGUUGUUAAUAGUAGUAAGUUAUAGCAUAUCUGAUGGACAGGACAACAUGUAAAUACCCUGCACGUCCAACUUCCAGUAUCUAAAGCUGAAAGGUGCACUUAUAAAAUCUGAUUUCUACAUUGUCUGUCUGUCCGUCCAUCCGUCCGGCAACAUGCGUGAAACUUUGUUUUCCACAGGCAAAGCUAUUCUUUACCCUACCACUUGGGUCUCUUGCUUCAGGGGACUCUGGCUUUAGAAAGCCAGGUCUCAAAGACAAUGGCAGCAAUCUAUGUACCAGGACUGGCAUCUGAAGUCCAGAGCGCCUGGGUUCAAAUCCCCUACAUUUCAGUGUGCUACUUGUGGGAUGCUGGGCAAAUCCCUUCAUUUCUCUGGGUCUCAAAGUUCUCACUUAUAUGAUGUUGAAUUAGACUGCCUGAGGUCCCUUCCUGCUAGACUCUAUGAUCCUUCCAACUCAAUCUGUCAUUCUAGAUAUGUCUUCCCAUAUCUAGGGGGGUGAAUUACAGAACGUGUAGAAAGCUGGAAGGGACCUCAGAAGCCAUCUGAUCCAAGUUAAAAUCUGGACAAGAAUCCACCAGGCCCCAUAGUGCCCCAUUCUCUGUUCAACUGGCUGUGUUUGGGAGCCAGUCAUUUAAGUCUAUAGAUUUUAAUUUUCAUAAUUAUGGAUAAGGCCCAGUCUCAGAGCUGAUCUCCAAGUAUACUAGAAAGAGUACUGGUCGGAAAGGGACUUGUGCAUGUGAUCCUUUGAAUCUCCCUUAGAGGUCAUUUAGUUCAAAUCUGGCAUUGGUGGAAGAGAUUGAGAGGCCCAGCAAGAGGAAAGGAUGUGCCCAAGAUCACAAAAGUUUAAAAGGCAAUUUUAAUCUAGGGCUUCGGACUGGGAGUCCAGCCCCUUCUCCACCAGACUCUGUUACAGUGCUCGGUCCCAUCCGCUGCACUGGGCUCUGGCUGAGGGCGCCUUUUUCAAGCCAACUUAAACAAUCCAAGCCUCCCAGGACACAGGAUAAAUGUGUAGAGGGGGGAGGGCCGUAGGAGUAGGACCAGGGACCUCGGGGAAAUGAAACCGACGCUGGGUGUGACUGGAGAAUGGUAACACUGUUGCCCCGACAUGAGUAUCACCCUGAUGGAUGGAAACAAAGUUGCCUCGAGUGUAGGCAACCUCUAAUUCCUGUUUUUGUUUUACUUGAAACAAAUCUGAUGAGUCCAGAAGGACGUUUUACACAAAAGGAAUCGGAGGCAAAAGUGACUGGGACCCAGUUCAGAUGGAAGCGGCACGAGGGUGCGCAGGCACACGCACACACACAGACCCGCAGAGAGCUGGCAGGUCAUCUCCCCCAAACCCUUCACUUUAUAAACGAGGAAACUGAGGCGCAAAGAGAUCAUUUGCCCGGGAUCAAUUAAUUGGAUUAUAAAAUUAGCUGAUUAUUCCCAGUGGCCAGCACUUCAGACCAGCAUCUUCCUAGGGAGUGGGGAUUAGGGGAGGGAAAGGGCGCUUUUGCGCCCAUUUUACAUCUGAUGCCCAGAGAAGGAAGGGGAUCCGGAUUCCCCAGGGAUUCUUCCAGAAAUCAUCACUGCCUGCCUUCCUUAUCGAACUGUGCGUCCUUCAUAGAACUUGGAGAGAGAGCCGAGAGCCGGGAGCAGCUUGGAAGCGCCGGGCGGAGCGUGGGGCUUGGGACUCUGGAGGACCAAAGUUCAGCCUCGAUCCCACAGCAUUCUCACAUCCUAUUACGUCACAGACCGAGCUGCUUAACUGUGUGACUCAGUUUGUUUGAAUAAUGGGAAUAAUUCUUACAUCCUGUUACGUCACAGACCAAGAUGCUUAACUGUGUGACUCAGUUUGUUUGAAUAAUGGGUACAAUCACCGCACAACUCAGGGUGAAAUGCUCCAAAGAGCAAGUGAAAUGCUUUGCGAACCUAGAAACAGUAGCUAUUAUCCGUAGGAAAGAGGCUGGAUUCUAACCCCACGAUCUUCCCGCCAUCCAGCCCUGCCCAGCGGGAGAGACCUAAGAAUGUCAGGUCCGGGCCGCCUCCCACGUGGAGCCGGAAAUGGCUGGCCUCUCUCUCCGCUCCACUUACACUACGAGAGGUAGAGAGCCCCGCGCAAGCGCAGUGGGCCGUUCGUUCCCCAAGAGGCAGGUCACUUCCUCUCUCGGGUUCCGUCCCCCACCUCCGUGUACCCAACCGGUGACUUCUCGGAACAGAAACUUAGGAUGGAUCUCUGCAUGUCAUUCUCCACGCAUGCGUGGGCAGAGGCAGGCCGCUGCAUCUCUCCAUCUCCAUUGCCCACCAGCAUCAGCACGUGCAGACCUAGCCAGGGCUCGGGAGACGAACGCACCUCUCCACCAAUCCCGACUCAAAGCUUCGCGACCACGUGACGAGUAUGGGCGGUUCCCGCAGCUAUUCGCGCCCUCAGCCUUUUGGGAGUUGUAGUUCAUCUGGAUGGAGCCCCAAAGCUGCUGAAACUUGUAUUUUCCGCCAGCGUGAGUGCUCUUAAGUGUAACUUCAACGGAUCUAGGUGAAUUUGGCCUCUGUCAUCCUGCACGAUGAUAAUCUUAGUCAUUUCUAUGAUGCUUAAAGUAUUAGGAAAUAAUUCCCUCCUAAUAACUCUGAGUGGGCGGCAAUGCAAAGUUUUAAUAUACCCCUUUUUCAGACGAGAAAAGUGAGCCUCGGAGAUUAAGUGACUUGCCUCUUGUAACGCAGCGUGACGAUGUUAAGAAGGGUUGGAUUUAAGGUUGGCGGAUAAAAUCCCACCUGUGCUCCUAAUAUCUGCAGAAAUGGGAAGUUACUUUUAAACGUCUCUGGGCAAGGGAGUCAGACUCCAACGUCCCAUCCAAGGCUACGGCUGUGAGCCUAUGGAAAAGGCGUAUUGGAGUAAUGGUGUCCUUUGUGUGAAGCUGUCCACAGAAAGCUCAGAUUUUCCUGGAACAUUUUGGCUCUUUCCUUUGUCUGCUCCCCAGUCUUCACCCACAGUCACUCCUUUCUUUGCAUUUACUUCUUGCAUAUAUAUUAUGUAUCCCCGUAAAUAUGAAAUCCCCACCCACCCGUAUUCACGCCCUACUUUGCAUUUACUUCUUAUGUGUAUCCUACACGUCCCGGAAAAAUAUCAAGUCCUUAAGGCUAGCGUCUGUUUUUUUUUUUUUUAAUUUUUCGCUUUUGUAUCAAUGCCUCGCAUAUAGUAAGUUUUUAAUAAAUGUCCAUUGAUUAAGUUC